CCAAAGCGCCUUCCAGCGCGGGCUGCCGGGCCUGGCGCCGACACGGGGCCGCCCGCGGGGCAGCUGGGGCCGCCGCUGUCAGGCGCUGCGGGGCCCCCGGACGGGCCUGGCCGCCUGGUCCCGGCCCGCCCGCCGCCCCGGGCGGGACCGCUCGGGGCCGCGCUGCCGGGGGCGGGGCCCGGCUCGGGGGCAGGCGCGGCGCGGCGCGGCCUCAGCUCGCCGGUCGCCGUGUCCCGGACCGGACUCGAGCGGGGCCUGCGGCGGAGGGCGGCGCGGCGGAAGGCGGCACUACAACUCCCAGAAGCCCCCGCGGCCCAGGCGGGCCCUGCAGCGCGGCCGCCCGCCCCGGGGCCUGCUGGGACAGCGAGUCCCCGGCAGGGCCGAGCGGGGCCUACCGCGUCCCCGGCCCGCCCGCGGCGCCUCACCUGCAGCGGGGCCGGCGCUGCCCCCUGCCCUGCCCGGUCCGCGGGGUCGGUCGGGAUGGAGGCGGCGGGCGGCAGAGCGGGGCGCGGCUGCGGCUGCCAGGGGAUCCGCUCCUGCCUGCUCUGCGAGGGGCCCGCGCCGCCCGCUCCGCCCCCGCAGGACGGGCAGACCUUCACCUACCGCCCCGCCCGCGGGUUGGCUGUGGGAGACCCGCGCUCCGCCGCCGCCGGCUGGGCCUUUCCCUUCCCGGGCGUGCUCCUGGUGGAGGAUUUCCUCAGCCGCGCCGAGGAGGCCGAGCUGGUUCGGGCGAUGGACCAGGAUCCCUGGAAGCCGUCCCAGUCUGGCCGCAGGAAGCAGGACUACGGACCCAAAGUGAACUUCAAGAAGCAGAAGCUGAGGGCGGGCUGUUUCAUCGGCUUGCCCAGCUUCAGCCAGGAUAUUGUGAAGAGGAUGAAGGCUCAUCCUAUACUAGAAGGUUUCUUACCUGUUGAGCAGUGUAACCUGGAUUAUCUUCCUGAAAGAGGGUCUGCCAUUGACCCACACUUUGAUGACUGGUGGCUUUGGGGAGAGCGACUGGUUAGCUUAAACUUACUCUCAAAAACCGUGCUAUCCAUGUCCUGCGAUUCAGAGAACAGCAUCCAGUUAUUUGCUACUCCCCAUCAAGAAAGUGAGAAAUCAGAUCAAACUGGAUCACCUCAAACUUCUCAGAACUGUAAAAACAAUAACUUUAUUCCCACGUCAGCUUGUGAAAAUUCAGAUAACUGGGACCUUGACCAUUCAACUCCCACAAGGCUUGUUCCUUGUAAAGAGGUGACUGUUGCUGUUCACUUACCUAGACGCUCCCUGGUUGUGCUGUAUGGCGCUGCACGGUACAAGUGGAAACAUGCAAUUCACCGCAAGCAUAUUGAGCAUCGUCGGGUCUGCAUCACCUUUAGGGAGCUGUCUACAGAGUUCGGUUUGGGAGGAAAGCAUGAAAAACUGGGUAAAGAACUGCUGGACAUAGCUCUUUCAUUUCAGGGAAAACCAGUAUGACCAAGAAAAAGGCUGGAGUGAUACUUGGUUUGGAUAUUCAGAAAUCAAUAUUCAGAAUUUUUAUGAUUAAUUUUAUUUGGAGCGGAAGGCGUAUAUGAAUAUUGGGUCAAAUGGAAACGUUAACAAAAGCAGUGACGAGAGGGGCUCUCGUUAUACUAAAUAACCUUUCCCUGGUAAGAACCCAGCCAUUACUGUUAGCUCUUGGAUGAACAUCAGGAAAUGGCUAUUGCAUGUUUUGUCUAUAAUGUGAUGAAAUGCAGAAAGAAAGAAAAAAGUAUACUGCAAACAUUUAAAAUAUGCCCUUAACUCUGGAAGGAAGCUAGGGAUCUUCAAAUGAUUUACAGUUUGAGACUGUUUCUAUAAUUAGUCUCAAUAUUUUUUGUAAGGCAAUUCAAAACCUCCAAAUAAACACAUAGCUUCAAGCAGAAA